CCCACAGGGACCACGGUGAUGCGGAUGACAGCAUUUGAUGCGGAUGACCCGGCCACUGACAACGCCCUUCUGCGAUAUAACAUCCGUCAGCAGACACCCGACAAGCCGUCACCCAACAUGUUCUACAUCGAUCCCGAGAAAGGCGACAUUGUCACUGUCGUGUCACCUGCACUGCUGGACCGGGAGACUCUGGAAAAUCCCAAGUAUGAACUGAUCAUCGAGGCUCAAGAUAUGGCUGGACUGGAUGUCGGACUGACAGGCACAGCCACUGCCACCAUCGUGAUUGAUGACAAAAACGAUCACUCCCCAAAAUUCACCAGGAAAGAGUUUCAAGCCACCGUGGAGGAAGGAGCUGUGGGCGUCAUUGUCAAUUUGACAGUGGAAGACAAAGAUGAUCCCACGACAGGCGCCUGGAAGGCCGCCUACACCAUCAUUAAUGGAAACCCUGGGCAGAGCUUCGAAAUCCACACCAACCCACAGACUAACGAGGGCAUGCUCUCCGUGGUCAAGCCCCUGGACUAUGAGAUCUCUGCCUUUCACACUCUGCUGAUCAAAGUGGAAAAUGAGGACCCGCUGGUGCCCGAUGUCUCCUACGGCCCCAGCUCCACGGCGACUGUCCACAUCACCGUCCUGGAUGUCAAUGAAGGCCCAGUCUUCUACCCAGACCCCAUGAUGGUGACUAAGCAGGAGAACAUCUCUGUGGGCAGCGUGCUGCUGACAGUAAACGCUACAGACCCUGACUCCCUGCAACAUCAAACCAUCAGAUACUCUAUUUACAAGGACCCAGCAGGAUGGCUCAAUAUUAACCCCAUCAAUGGGACUGUCGACACCACAGCCAUACUGGACCGAGAGUCCCCAUUCGUCCACGACAGUGUGUACACCGCCCUCUUCCUGGCCAUCGACAGCGGCAACCCUCCCGCCACGGGCACCGGGACUUUGCUGAUAACCCUAGAAGACGUGAACGAUAAUGCUCCCUUCAUCUACCCCACCGUGGCCGAGGUCUGCGACGAUGCCAAAAACCUCAGCGUGGUCAUUUUGGGCGCUUCGGACAAGGACCUUUACCCCAAUACAGACCCUUUCAAGUUUGAAAUUCACAAACAAACCGUCCCUGACAAAGUCUGGAAGAUCUCCAAGAUCAACAACACCCACGCCCUGGUGAGCCUUCUUCAGAAUCUGAACAAAGCCAACUACAACCUGCCCAUCAUGGUGACAGAUUCAGGGAAACCGCCCAUGACGAACGUCACAGACCUCAGGGUGCAGGUGUGCUCCUGCAAGAACUCCAAAGUGGAUUGCAACUCGGCGGGGAGCCUGCACCUCAGCCUGACCUCGCUCCUGCUCCUCUCGCUCCUCAGCAUAGCGGGUCUGUGAGAACUCCUGACAUCUGAAGCUUGACUCCCAAGUUUCCAUAGCAACAGGAAAAAGAAGAAAAAAUUGAAUAUCCAAAUCUGAAGAUUGCCACUUACAGCUCUCGAACUUCACACCCAGGCCUCAAUGUUCCAGAUCCUCCUUUUGUUUGGGAUUUCGUUUGCUUUAUACUUCAGCAUUUUGACAGCAUCUUCUCCCCUCCUUUAAUUGAUGGAACCCUCUGAAUUUCCCCUGAGUGUUUAAAGAUCAUGCCAUGUAACUUGACCUUCCAGGAGCAGGAACAGUGACUACUUUGUCUGAUGUGUUGACACGUUGCUAGCCACUGCUCCACACACGCAACUGUGCGGUGGGUUCGUAUCUGUAUAUGUAUGAGUAUCUGUCUGUGUAUAUACAUGGUAUUUAUAUAGGAGACUACAGGAGCAGCCUGCUUUGGAGAUGGUCAGACAGCGGGUAGACGCUCAGACAGCUGAACCCUCCAGAACCUUAGCAAAACGCACAGCCCAAGGUCAGGCCACCAAGCCAUCACUUGUGCGCAAAGCUGGAAUUCCACCAACCUGUUCAGUCUAAACUCUGAAUGCUGAAGGACCAGCCAGGCAGGUCCAGAGAGAGGGAGGGAUGAAGGGGAGGGGAGGAAGAAGAGAAAGGAAGUCCUCUCUCCUUAGUAGGGGAACUGCCACUACUUCCCACUGCCACCAAACGCCAUGACCCUGACUCCCAGGUGGGGAGAUACAAGGAAUCUUGCCAUGCAAUGCUAAGAAAGGGCUGAACUUUUCUCCCAUAGGCAAGAAUCUGUGUUUGUAUGUCCCCCAAAUCCACAGCCCCACAGUCCUCAUGGUGACAUGGAUCAUGGUGGGGAACUUCCCCUUUCUUGGCAUACGUACAUUUGCAGAUGUCAUCAUGACGUACCUAUGAAGAGACCAACAGGUACCAUCGUGUAUGCACAUAUAUACCCACACGUAUAGACACGCAUUACGCAUAUACACACUGUUUGUUUCAUAUAUACAGACAUAAAUUAGCGUAAACCCAGGUAGUUUUACAAGUACCCUUCUGUGUGACUCAACUACCGUUGUCUGCAAACCUGAAAAUAAAGAAUUGUUCAUUACAGUAUGAAAAGUCAUUGAUUUUUCUCCUGUGAGCAUGUCAGGCCAGAGGAAAAUUAGUGCUUGUACCAAGAUUGUCUUCGUGCUGAUAAACCAUACAUGAACUGUCAAAGCUCACGCCAAAUUUUUUUCUAUCAAAUAAAACUUGUGAGAGCCUGUGGCUUUUAUUAGAGCUCACCACAAGCUAGGGUAAGGUAAGUGUCUUAGUCUAUUUUAAUGCCAUUGCUUACUAAGGUUUUAACCACACACACACACACACACACACACACUCACACACACACGCUUUCUUAUGCAAUCUAUGUUGGCCCUGUGCUUUUGAGUUUGCCUUCUGUGGGCGGUAGAAGUCAUGUUGUCUUUGUUGUAGUAAAGAUUAUGCAGGUAGAGUUCCAUAACUGUAUUUGUUUCAAUAGUCAAUCUUUUUGGAACAUAUAGUAUGCAUAGUUUUUUUCCAUUAAAAUAAAUGGGUAUUGGUGGUUAAAA